AACGCGUACAGCGAAUGGAUGGAGACGACGGUGGUUGAGGCCUAGUUGGUGUGAUUUGGAAGCUUUAAAAGUAAACAGAUAUAAGUGGUUAUAACAUUAUCGAGAGUGCAAGUUAAGACUAUUAUAUGUCUAAGCAACGUUUUACAGCAUUAGAAGAGAUGUAUCAAUGAAGCAGACGUGCAAGCUGCCUUGGCUAGCUUUUUUGCUAGCUGGAUAGCUUCUUUAACUGCAGACACGUCGGUGAGCUCUUCCGUCAUUUUUUGCCAUCGGAGACCGAUCUUAACUACAUUGGGACUGUAACGUUAAUAUAAUCUGACAAAGCUGUUUCGUUUUUUUUUUGUUGUAAUACGUUUUCGUCAAGCGCGUGCAACAGCUGGGAUAGAAUUUAUAUUGAGGUUAGCGCAAGCUAAUUCCCCCCGCCUGACUGUCCAUUCAUCCCCUACUGAUAAUUCAAAAUGUCGGACUUUGAUGAAUUCGAGAGACAGUUGUCUGAAAACAAACAAGGUGUUGAGAAUCUGAAUUCACUUGAGCGGGACAAGGAGAACCGGCACCGCCGUCGCAGUUCCUCCCGCAGCCGCAGCCGAGAGAGGAAGAGGAGGAGCAGGGAGAGGAGAAGCCGGGAACGUCGCAGCGGCAGCAAAGACCGCCGACACAGACGCAGCACUCAGCCUCAAAACCCACCCCAAGACAUCGUCAGCCGUUCCCCCCAUCGGGAGAAGAAGAAGAAAGUAAAGAAGUACUGGGAUGUUCCUCCUCCAGGCUUUGAGCACAUUACACCCAUGCAGUAUAAGGCCAUGCAAGCUGCUGGUCAGAUCCCUGCCACUGCCCUGCUGCCCACCAUGACCCCUGAUGGCCUGGCGGUGACCCCCACCCCAGUGCCCGUUGUGGGCAGCCAGAUGACCCGUCAGGCCCGCCGGCUCUACGUGGGCAACAUACCCUUUGGCAUCACAGAGGAGUCCAUGAUGGACUUCUUCAAUGCCCAGAUGCGCCUUGGAGGCCUGACUCAGGCUCCUGGCAACCCCGUCCUCGCCGUGCAGAUCAACCAGGACAAGAACUUUGCCUUCCUGGAGUUCCGGUCUGUGGAUGAGACCACCCAGGCCAUGGCGUUCGACGGCAUCAUAUUCCAGGGCCAGAGCCUGAAGAUCCGCCGGCCGCACGACUACCAGCCACUGCCGGGCAUGAGCGAGAACCCCAGCGUCUACGUGCCAGGAGUUGUUUCCACGGUGGUGCCAGAUUCGGCUCACAAACUUUUCAUCGGCGGGCUGCCUAACUACCUGAACGACGACCAGGUGAAGGAGCUGCUGACGUCAUUCGGGCCCCUGAAGGCUUUCAACUUGGUUAAGGACAGCGCCACUGGCCUCUCGAAAGGAUACGCCUUUUGUGAAUAUGUCGACGUGAAUGUCAACGACCAGGCCAUUGCUGGUCUGAAUGGUAUGCAGCUGGGUGACAAGAAGCUUCUGGUGCAGAGGGCAAGUGUUGGAGCGAAGAAUGCCACCCUGACGAGUGUGAACCAGACCCCGGUUACGCUGCAGGUGCCGGGGCUGAUGAAUAGCUCUAUGAACCAGAUGGGCGGCAUCCCCACUGAGGUGCUCUGCCUCAUGAAUAUGGUGGCGCCCGAGGAGCUGCUGGACGACGACGAGUACGAGGAGAUUCUGGAAGACGUGCGGGACGAGUGCAGCAAGUACGGCCAGGUCAAGAGCAUCGAGAUCCCGCGGCCGGUCGAUGGUCUCGAGGUGCCUGGCACCGGGAAGAUCUUUGUGGAGUUCACAACCUUGUUCGACUCCCAGAAAGCCAUGCAGGGACUGACGGGAAGGAAGUUUGCCAACCGAGUGGUGGUGACCAAGUACUGCGACCCUGACGCCUACCAUCGCCGAGAGUUCUGGUAGAACCGGAGAAAAAGGAGGGAGGAGAGAUAGGGCGGUAGAAGAGAAGAAACAAAAUGGUGGGGUGGAGUGAGGGAGGGAGGGAGGGCGAGAAAUGGAGGAAUU